AUGCAAGUUAUUAUUACAUCCAGCAACUCAAAGCUGACACACGAGACAAAAGAGCUGCUUCUAGACAUAGAAGGAAUCUUUCCCGGGGCCACUCCCAUAGCCAGAAAAAAAAGGAGAUUUGCACAGUUCUUAAAAGAGGAAGUGACAGAAGAUGAAGCCAUGAUCAUCCGGCUUGACCAAAUAGACGAAGUGCGAAGACGCCUUCUCUUCAUAAGAAAAGACGCAAAAAACAACAUAACCACAAGCACAUACUCGAUUGUAUCAUACACUCUCUCGAGAAGGCUUAAUGGAGCCAUUGACUCGGGGCACAUGCCAGAAAUAUCCAUAACGAAUUUUGAUGAUACAGAAAACGACAAGAGAACAAUAAAAGACAUAGAAGACGUAUUCAGCACAGAAGACCCAGACUUUGAGGGAAGACAGCUGGUGUCCUUCACAAAAAAGAGAGGGUUCAUCAUCUGCAGAAAACACAGAUACAUCAUAAGACUCCCCGAGGACCCAACAAAAGAGGAAACCGUUCGGUUGGACGAGAUAGGCCCAAGGCUCUCGCUCAAGCUGCAGUCAGUAGAUGUCAAUGAAGAGUACAUAUUUAAACACACUAAAAACAUAAAGCUGAAGGACUAG